CACAAAGCCCGCCCCAGCCCACUGCCCCGAGAGCGGCGAGGGGCCGGCUCUGAUCGCGGGGAGCCGGGGGCUCACCAUGGCCAACAGACCCAAGACCAGCGAGGCCUUGAAGGUGGUGGCCCGCUGCCGCCCCAUGAACAGGAAGGAGGAAGCGGCCGGGUACGAGAGGAUCUUGGAGAUGGACGUGAAACUGGGGCAAGUGACCCUCCGGAACCCCAAGGCCGCCCCCGGGGAGCUGGCGAAGACCUUCACGUUCGACGCCGUGUACGACGCCAGCUCCAAGCAGGCGGACCUGUACGACGAGACGGUCAGGCCCCUGAUAGACUCUGUCCUGCAAGGAUUCAACGGGACCAUCUUCGCCUAUGGCCAGACGGGCACCGGGAAGACCUACACUAUGCAAGGGGCCUGGACGGACUCAGAGAAGAGAGGGAUCGUCCCCAAUUCCUUUGAGCACAUCUUCACCCACAUCUCCCGGUCCCAGAACCAGCAGUACCUAGUGAGGGCCUCCUACCUGGAGAUUUACCAAGAGGAGAUCCGAGACCUCCUGGCAAAGGACCAGAGCAAGAAACUGGAGCUGAAGGAGAACCCCGAGACGGGCGUUUACAUCAAAGACCUCUCCUCAUUCGUGACCAAGAACGUCAAGGAGAUCGAGCACGUCAUGAACCUGGGCAACCAGACCCGAUCGGUGGGGAGCACCAACAUGAAUGAGUACAGCUCCCGCUCCCAUGCCAUCUUUGUGAUCACGGUGGAGUGCAGCGAGACCGGCCUGGAUGGAGAGGACCACAUCCGGGUGGGCAAGCUCAACCUGGUGGACUUGGCAGGCAGUGAGCGCCAGAGCAAAAUGGGGGGGCCAGGGGAGAGGCCUAAGGAGGCUUCCAAGAUUAACCUCUCCCUCUCCGCUCUGGGCAACGUCAUCUCUGCCUUGGUCGAUGGCAAAAGCACUCACAUCCCCUACAGAGACUCCAAACUGACUCGCCUCCUGCAGGACUCCUUGGGUGGCAAUGCCAAGACCAUCAUGGUGGCCACCCUAGGCCCAGCCUCUCACAGCUACGAGGAGAGCUUGUCCACCCUCAGGUUUGCCAACAGGGCGAAGAACAUCAAGAAUAAGCCGAGGGUCAACGAGGACCCGAAGGACACCCUGCUGCGGGAGUUCCAGGAGGAGAUCAUCCGGCUGAAAGCCCAGCUGGAGAAGCGAGGGAUGCUGAGCAAGAAGAGGAGGAGAAACAGCCGAAGGAAGAAGGUGGUGGAUGGAGAGGGCAAUACAGAGGCCGAAGGGGAGGAGGACAAUGACGACGGCCUGGAGAAGAACAUGGAGAGUUACUUGAAGGAGCAGAAGGAGAGGCUGGAAGAGGAGAAGGCGGCCAUUCAAGAUGACCACAGCCUGGUGAGUGAGGAGAAGCAGAAGCUGCUGGAGGAGAAGGAGAAGAUGAUAGAGGAUCUGAGGAAGGAGCAAGAAGCCACCGAGUUACUGGCCAUUAAGUACAAGGCGAUGGAGAGCAAGCUGCUGAUAGGAGGGAGGAACAUCAUGGACCACACAAAUGAGCAGCAGAAGAUGCUGGAGCUGAAGAGGCAGGAGAUAGCCGAGCAGAAACGUCGGGAGCGGGAGAUGCAGCAGCAGAUGCUGCUGCGGGAUGAGGAGACCAUGGAGCUGCGGGAGACCUUCACGUCUCUGCAGCAGGAAGUGGAGAUCAAAACCAAGAAGCUGAAGAAGCUGUAUGCCAAGCUGCAGGCGGUGAAGGCAGAGAUUCAGGACCAGCAUGAUGAGUACAUCAGAGUGCGGCAGGACCUGGAGGAAGCGCAAAACGAACAGACACGGGAACUUAAACUCAAAUACUUGAUCAUUGAGAACUUUAUCCCUCCUGAAGAGAAGAACAAGAUCAUGAACCGCCUGUACUACGACUGUGAGGAGGACCAGUGGAAGUUCCAGCCGCUCGUGCCUGCUGGGGGCAGCAACAACCAAAUGAAGAAGAGGCCAACCUCUGCCGUGGGCUACAAGAGACCCAUCAGCCAGUAUGCGCGGGUGGCCAUGGCCAUGGGAUCCCACCCUAGGUACCGGGCUGAGAACAUCAUGUUCCUGGAGCUGGACCUCUCCCCCCCAGCUGUGUUUGAAUUUGAGCUGACCGGGGACCAGGGCGAGCAUGACCCACGAGCUCUGCACCUUGAGAGACUGAUGCGCCUGGAUAGUCUCCUGGAGCGGCCGGCAACUGCCAGGGUGAGGAAGUCCCGAUCCUGGUGCCAGACGCCCCGGCCGCUGCCACCCUCAACAACUCACGGUUCCCUGGCGGCCGUGUCCCAGCGGCCCCCCACGAUGCCAGCUCAUGAAUGACGCCCUGCAGCUCCUCCCUUCCCUUCCAUCUUAUAGCAAGGACUACGCCACCCAUCACUGGCUGCUUCCGAAAGCGCUCGGCCCGGGAAGGGGAUUCCUUGCUGGUGGCCUCCCGCCCGGUCCCAUCUCGUCUUUGUCUUCAGCUACUUCUUGUGUGUGUGUGUUUGUGUGAGACACUCGGCAUCGGUUCCCGGGGACACGGGCGCUGCCUCCCUCCCCCCAUCCGGAUCUGUCACUUUAUUUAUUGAUCGUAUUUAUUUAUGAAGCAGUUUGGCAAUGCAGAGUUAGGAGACGCGUUCAGAAUAAGGCGCAGCCCAGGCUGGUGGGGGGCACCAUGCAGAUUUCUCCCUUCUACUACCCCGGCAUCUUGUUUAAAGCAGGAGCCAGCCGCAGCCCGUGUCACUGGCAGACUGCCCACCCCCAAUGCACAGUCACCUCCUCAGAGGGGGAAACAAGCCGAAGACGGGAAAGGAGCUAAGCCCUCUCUCUCUGUUGGCUUUCUUGUGAGAUGAGACCACUCAGAGCUCUCCAUGGACUCCGCAUGUGGGGUGGAGGUUUCCUUUGCCAGAUUCCCUGGGAUACCCCACGAGACCCGUGCACAGGCUGACGGCCGCUCCCACAAGUGUUUGGGGCUUUUCUGGCAGCUGGGCCUUGCGUUUGCUAGCCACGGACGAAGAGCCACUUCCUGUGCCGUAUCGACAGCAGCAGCAUUGACGUCUCCUUGAGUUCUGGGCUCAGCUCUCACCCCAUGAUGAACAAAGGGGGUAUGAAUUAACCAAACCGAGCCAACAGGGGGAGCUAAAGCUUUCCAGUGAACCUGGGACUUUGCUCGCCAACGGCACCGUUUGGCGAUGGCUGGGCCUGCCCCAUUAAGUCAUCUGACGUCCACCUUGGUUCACAGUCCCUCAUUGGGGUGGAGCAGCCAGUGGGAAUCUCCCGUUCUCCCCAAAGAAGUGCACAGAGGCUGGAGAACAACAUUAUCUACUUGGAAACUGACCUUGCAGGUCAAAGCAGAAAUGAAAGUUUCUACUGUCCUUGGCAGCUAGAGGGAAAGAAUCAGUGAAGGGCAGACGAGCCGGUGCCAGGAGAGGUAACUUGAACACACCUAUCCCUUGCACUGGCUACCUGGACUGGGUGUUACAAGAAGGUGUUAAUCUGCUAGUCUCAAGAACAUCUUUGGUCUGGUGCAGGGGCUGUGGAGGAGAGCAGGGAAGCUGGUAAAAGAAGGAGGGACAAGAGGCGAGGGAUAGCUCAGUGGUUUGAGCAUUGGCCUGCUAAACCCAAGGUUGUGAGUUCAAUC